AUGAAUGAAUAUGACCAAAAAGAUAAUUAUGGUUAUCUAGAAUUAAAUCUUCUAAUAGUCAAUGUUCUUUUUUUCGUUACUUUCCAUUUAUCACCCAAGCUAAUGCUGAUUACAAACCCCACAAUUUGCAGCCAGUCGCAGAUCAAGACUAGGUUCCUGAGACCAUUUGUCCUAAUUAUGGAUGUUGAUUCCGUAAGAGAACGGUCUGUAGAAGUAUUCCGCGACAUAAAACCGAUAUGCGUGGAUCUUCUAGAUGCAUCCAAUGAUAGUUGUACCUCUGAAUCAACACUUGAACAUCUCCUACGAUCUCUUUCCACAACCUUGUACAAGCCAUUGACAAACGAUAGCGAUGAGGGGGAGCAUGUGAUCUCGACAAAAUUGGCGGAUUACAUAUUCAUGCCCAUAUCUAUUUUACUUAAGCGGCCUACGAUACUGGAGGAAAACACAAGAUUCAUUCUUCAAAUCAUCACAUAUCUUCUAAACCAUUCAUGGAAGCACAAUGCGGAUGAGAUACUACUCGAUCAAUUGGGGCCUUUGGUGGUUUUCCUAGCGGGCGGAGAUUCUAUCAAUACUCGUAAGGAAUCCGCUGCUGAUGGAAAACUGGCAGAGUUUAUUAACUCAGCUGCAAGAGCCAUUGAGGCAUUCUUGAUCUGUACUCCUCGAAAUUAUUACACUGGUCUUGAAAAUUCAAAGCGAUUGUCUGUUUUGGGUGACACUACUACUUUGUUGCUUGAGUUCUUGCAAGCGUUAGACAGUUCGAGUGAAGCUUUGGCCCAAUCCCUCCUAGGGACGCUUACCCAAGUGUACUCUAUUCGAGUUUCUGCACAACAGGCAUCGUUUGUGUUUCCUGGAAUGGUCUCAAAGGUCAUCAAUUUCUAUCUUCAAACAAAGAACCUACAUACCCCUACUGUUGUGGCAAUAAUAGAGCUUCUUCGUGUCCUCACAAUUAAGGUAUUCGCUGACGAUUCUCUCAAUUUAUCCGAAAGCUCAAAUGAACUAGUACCCAGCACAGCUGACUCCGUGAAAUUACUUUUACAAGAUGACUCUGCUACUACUCCACUGGAUCUACCUGUGCUGUUCGUAGUGGAGCAAACCACUGAGCAUAGAACUGAUGCAUGGCUAAAGGCUACUUCGAAACAAUACAAAUUGAGCCUUCUCGCAUUCUCAAAGGCCCUCUUGCUUUCGCCAAAUUCGAAAUCUCGUGCAGUCUCGAAUUCAAAACUUGCAAAUAGUCUUAUUGGCUUUGUUUCGAGUAUUUUGCUGAAAUGCUUUAGAUCUCUGUAUCAAGAAAUUGUUCUCGUGACUGUAGAUAUCAUGUCUGCCUUGCACCAUGCUUUUACAGAUGGCGGCGCUUUGGAGAAUGAGGACUUGCUUGAAAAGAUAUCAAAGAUGUACAUAAUGCAAGGACGGUCUAACCUUCUCUUACUUCUCGAGCCUCUUCUCAAUAAGACUGAAAACCUUAUCAAUUCUCAAUUGGACUCGGCGCUCAGGCUCAUGACUGAAGAAAAAUUAGCAUUGUGUCUUAGUGCGACUUCGGUCCACAUACACCUAUGUGAGAGUGUUCUGGGAUCGUUGAUGAAAAAGUCUACGGAGACAAAGAUCCUCAAAAAAGAGGCCCUCCAAGUCAUUUCGAGGUGUUUGAAGCAAAGCCUCGUUUCACAAUCGAGUAAAGUUAUUAAAGCAGAAAAAGAAAACUUGCUUCGAGCAAUGUCAGGCGAUGGCUCUACUGAAGAAGCCUCCAAUUAUCUUGAUGAUGUGCGCCUUCCACCAGGAAUCGAUGCCAGAAAGAUUGCUUCUACAACACCAAACAGGGCAACGGAGAAUUCGCUGCUGUAUGUGUCCUCCUUGAAUAGAAUCAAUUUCGAAGUAGACUCUACUGAUGAGCAAAAGAACAGUUUGGGGCAACUUCUGAAACUGUUUUCGCGGUCUUCAGAGGCGCAAAUAUGCAAAUUUCUCCAAUCCUUCGGAAAAGGGUCAAACGAGACGAUGGAGACCUUUGUGGAUGCUCUCCUCGAACCAGAUCAGAAUGAACCACUAACUAGUCCCAGCCUGCUUCCUGAUAAGGCCGUUCCAUUGUGGAUUGCCAAUAACUUGUAUAAAAACUCUCAGUCAAUCAGUGAGGAAUCUUUUGAUGUGGCAGAUUUCAUGGUGGAUAUUGAUUUUGAUGAUAACUCUCCGGUCAAGCAAUGCUCUGAGGCUGACUUUUUCGUCUUAGAUGCUGCAAAGGAUGUUUUAUACCUUUGCAAUGAGUUCACAACAAUUGAUCAGGCAUUGACCAAGCGUGAGCUGAUAGCUCUUUGUGAGUCUCUGCAAGCAGUGGCGUUGGAAUCAAUCGGUUUGCUCUCCACCAAAUUUAGUAAAGAAGCUUUUCAAACAGAAGUCCUCAUUGAAUAUUUGUACCCGCUCCUUGAAUCAUUCGCGCAAGCUCCUGAAAGUAUUGUUCACUUGCAUGCCAAAUUGGCCCUCAAGCGGAUCUCUGAUGCUCAUUACAAUGGUUCAUUGCAGCAAUUGAUUUUUGAAAAUUCUGACUAUCUUGUCGAUUCACUUAGUAUUCGAUUUUCCGUGUCUGGUGGCCUUACUCCAUCUCUUUCUGGAAUUAUUUUAAUUGUGCUAAAAAUUUCUGGAGUUCAAUUGUUACAAUCUAAUCAGCUUCAAGAUAUUAUCGCUGAGAUGUUUAUUGUUAUUGACUCAUACCAUGGAUACUCGGUUCUUGUGGAGAAUUUUUUUGUGGUCUUUCAGGAGAUCAUUGUCAAGACUAAAGAACUCUAUCACGACCAAUUGUCUGAUCGAACAAAAAUCACUUCAGAACAUAAAUCUGCAUAUUAUCCGUGGAGCAUGACUUCAAAGGACGAAAUGUUACGACUUCUCAAAGACAAUGAGGAUCUUGUUGAUAUUCCAGAUGAUUUUGAUCCUCAAAAGGAAUAUUUCAAACGAAAACCAGGGGUGCCAUUCUCGGAUCAAUUGGGAGACUCCGACGAUGAAGAAGAUGAAGCAGAAACUGAUGAGCUUCCUGUUGAGAAUGAAAAAUGGAGCUCAUUCAUUGCCCAAAAUAUAUAUCUACUGGUCGAACAGAUUUUCAAGUAUGGUUGUCAGAUGUUGACACAUCCUUCCGCAAAACUCAGAAUUCAGGUUUUGAGAACUCUCAAAGAAGCCUAUCCUUUGUUAAGCACUAAUUACACAACUUUGAUGCCACUUCUUGCUGACUACUUCCCUUUGCUUUUGGUACUAUGCACCGGGUCUUCGACGUUAUCUGAUCAUUGGAGAGAUCAGGAGGACCUGCAAAAUCUCGUGAAUCUAAUUGUUCCUGCUUUGGAGCUAUUGGAGGUGGUAAUUGAGGAAGAUUCAAAACAUGAGAAGUUCAUGGCAAGUCGAUACGUCGAAAUUUGGAAUUUCUUUCGAGAUCGAUCUCCGAUCAUUGCCGGCAUAUUUGCAGAGAAUCUGAACGCUCUGAUAAGAGAGAAUUCUAGUUACCAGCUCAGCUCGAACAGAGUUUCAGAUAGAAUUAAACACCUCUACAGUAAAAUUCUCCUCACUGGUUUGAGGACUUACGAGCGCACUGUUCCAGACUUGUUGGCACAUGAAAUCGUACGUGUUUGCUCGGUUUUGGGCAUUGAACGAGAUUGGGAUCUUGGGAGGGAUGUGCAAAACCAUUUGUGGGUGUUGCAAAACUGCUAG